AGGCGCAGAGCCACACACAAGCACAGACAUAGACAUGGCGCCUCACAGGACUUUUUCUUGGAUUGCUGCGUGCCUGCUGGUUGUUCUCUUAGCGCCGCCGUCGAGGGCUCAAGACCCGACGGCCGGGUUCACGGCGGUGAGCCUCAGCGAGGGGAACUUCCAGCUGCAGAAGCCGUACAACAUGCCGAGCAGCGCCCGGUACAGCUUCGACGGCACGGUGCGGCGGAUGUGGGUCUUCUCCUCCGACGAGCCCUUUAAGGCCGAGAGCGACACUAGGCCGAGAACGGAGAUGAGGAUGACUGGAUACGACUACUCCUCCGGCGUGUGGCAGUUCGAGGGCUCCGUGUUCGUGCCGUCCGGCACGACGGGAGUGUCCAUCAUGCAGGUGUUUGGCGGCGGCGAGACGGCCACCACGCUCAUGCUCCACGUCUACGACGGAGCGCUGCGGUACUAUAACCAGAGGACUGUCGAGGACAACAUCUACGACCGGUGGAUCCGGGUGAACGUGGUCCACGACGUCGGCGCGUCCGCGCUCACCGUUUUCGUCAACGGCAACCUGAAGCUUACCGCCUCCGGCCGCGGCGGCGACUCGCACUACUUCAAGUUCGGCGUCUACACGCAGAGGGACUCCUCCAGUCGCAUGGAGUCGCGCUGGAAGAACGUCAGGAUCCUCAAGAAGAACUGAGAUGUCGAAUCGCUCUCAGCACGGCUUAAAUAAAAACACUGUUUGUUUCUCCAUUGUCCCUGUAUGGCUGUAUCUCCAUGUCUGUUGUACCUGCACAGUGCCACGGUGUGACUCGCGUGUGCGUCAAUAGAUGUACUGUAUUUAAAGCUGUUCUGAAGUGUUGGUCAACAAUGCA